CCUCUCCCCCCGCUCCUCUCUCCCCCCCCUCCCCUUCCUCUCUCCCCCCUCUCCUCUCCCCCCCCCUCUCCUCUAACCGCCCUCCUCUCUCCCCCCUCCUCUCCCCCCCCCUCCUCUCUCCCCCCUCUCCUCUCUCCCCCCUCUCCUCUCCCCCCCUCUCCUCCCCCCCCCCCCCCCCCCUCUCCCCCCCCCCUCUCUCCUCUCCCCCCUCCUCUCCCCCCCUCUCCUCUCCCCCCCCCCUCUCUCCCCCCUCUCCGCUGCCCACCCUCCUCUCCCCCCUCCUCUCUCCCCCCUUCUCCUCUCCCCCCUCCUCUCCCCCCCUCUCCUCUCCCCCCCUCUCCUCUCUCCCCCCCUCUCCUCUCUCCCCCCUCUCCUCUCCCCCACUCUCCUCUCCCCCCCUCUCCUCCUCCCCCCUCUCCUCUCCCCCCCUCCUCUCCCUUCCCCCCCCUCUCCUCUCCCCCUCCUCCUCCCCCGCCCUCUCCCCCCUCUCCUCUCCCCCCCUCUCCUCUCCCCCCCUCCCCCUCCCCCCCAUCCCCUCCCCUCCCCCCUCUCCUCCCUCCCCCCUCCUCUCUCCCCCCGUCCUCUCCCCCCCCGGGGCCCCCCCCCUCCCCUCCCCCCCUCCUCUCUCCCCCUCCUCCUCCUCCCCCC